AUGCCAGUUCAUGAAGAAAUAUCUCUAAUAUCAACAUUAUUCAAUGUAUCCUUAUUAAUACUGAAAAUAGUUUUCCUAUAUAUAUCUAGUUUAUUAGGAGUUGAUUCAUUUAUAACAACUGGUGAUGUUCCAAUUUCCAAAUCUUCAUCAAAUCAACCAGACAAUAAUCAUCUUAAAACCAGAUUAGUUAAUGCCAAAGAUAUUAAUGAAAUUGUUGAAACACAUGGUUACAAAAUUAGAGAACAUGUGGUCACUACUAGAGAUGGAUAUUUAUUAGUUAUUCAUAAAUUAGAGAAAAUUCAAAACAACUCUUACAGUCAUCAUCAUCGUCAUAUUUCAAGUACUGCUAAUCUUUCCAAAAUUGCUUAUUUUCAUCAUGGAUUAAUGACAAAUUCAGAAUUAUUUGUUUUGGGUACUAAUAAAUAUAAAACAUUACCUUAUUUGUUAGUGGAUUUAGGUUAUGAAGUUUGGUUAGGGAAUAAUCGAGGCAAUAAAUAUUCUAGAAAACAUUUGAAAUUAUCUGCUUCAGACCCCAAAUUUUGGGAUUUUUCAUUAGAUGAAUAUUCAUAUUAUGAUAUCCCUGAUAGUUUAACAUAUAUUAAGAAUUAUUAUCACCACAUCAAUAACAAUACAAGCAACAACAACAACAAUAACCAUACUGGAUCACCAACAGUAUUAUCAUCUUCAACUUCAACUUUAACAAAUUCAGAUUUACAAAUAAUUUAUAUUGGAUUUUCUCAAGGUUGUUCACAAUUUUUUGCUAGUUUAAGUUUAUAUCCACAAUUGAAUUCACAUAUCAAAAUGUUUAUUGGAUUAUCACCAGCAAUUAUCCCCCAAAAUUUAAAUCAUCCAAUAUUUAAAUUACUUGUUAAUCAAGCAGCUAAUGAUAAUUCUUUUUUAUUUAGUUUAUUUGGCAGAAGAGCGAUUAUGCCAUCAGUAUCAUUUUGGUAUACUAUUUUUGGUCCUUCAUUAUAUGAAAAAGUUGUCGAUAAAUCUUUACAAUUAUUAUUUGGUUGGACGGGAGCUAAUAUUUCGCAGUCACAAAAGGAAAUUGGUUAUCCUCACAUGUUUUCAAAUUCAUCAGUGAAAUCAUUAUUACAUUGGUUUCAAAUAAUAAAGGCAGGGCGAUUUCAAAUGUUUGAGGAAACUUGUUGUUAUGGAAUCACUAAAUUAUCAUGUUUAUCUCAUAAACUGAAACAAAAGGGCAAUAGAGUAGCACCAUUCCCCAUAGCUGAUCAUUUAGAUGUGCCUAUGGUAUUAUUUUAUGGUGACAAUGAUAUUUUGGUCGAUAUUAAUAAAACAAAAAACUUGAUUGUUGAUAAUAAUCAUAAAAUGCAAGAUAAAUUGGAAUUAGUUUUAUGUCCAGGUUAUGAACAUAUGGAUACUUUAUGGGGUGAAAACGUUUAUCAAGAUGUAUUCAAACCCGUACUUGAAAGAUUAGAAAAACUGGAAUUCUCUUUUGGUUAUAAUAUUAAUGGUAGUAAUAACCGAGAUUCAGAAUUGUUGAUUGAAGAUAAUGAUCGUCAUCAAUUGAAUAGUAAGAAUUUACAGUUACAUGAAAAUGCUUUAGAUUUGGAUGAUGUCCUGCUAGAUAUGAAUAAUGCCAAUGAAAUGAAAUUCCGCUCAUGA